CGAUGCUUUUCAAGGCAAUUGUUUAAGCAUCCUCACGCAUAUUCAAAAGAUAGCAAGUGCAUUACUGUCAAUGACAACUCUAUAGAUGGAGCUUUUAACUCGACAUUCCUGAACAAGAUCACUUAUCGGCUCUUCUACAAGUUAAAGCUUGGAAGGCUGACAAAUUAUAUUGCAUUAACUUGAACUCGUUAUCGGCCACCUUAUCUCCUCUCACCCGAGCCUAGCAAACGUCAUAAUUUCUGGCCAAGUGAUUGAAGAAUGUAAUCGUUCUGUCUCUUUCGACGACAAGGGGGAUGAAACAGUUUUCCCAUUUCGAACUAGGUUUCUGAUUCUCCCACAAUCACACGCCACUUCAGUGCACACCACCUUGUCCAGAUUGUUGGCUUUGGUCUCCUCGCCUUGGGAGACCGUUCAGCCAACCAAGCAAGAUGGGCAAAGACAAUUCUGAGAAACAAGUGCUCAUUGUCGGUGACUACAUUUGGAUCGAGCCCGUGUCCAGACGUGAGUUCGAUGUGGCCAUUGGAGCUCGGGUGAUAUCAGCGGAAGGCCGUAAAAUUCAGGUGGUCGACGACGACGGCAACGAAUUAUGGCUGACUCCCGAAAGGCGAAUCAAAGCCAUGCACCCCACGUCGGUGCAGGGGGUCGAGGAUAUGAUCAGUUUAGGCGACCUUCACGAGGCUGGCAUCCUCAGAAAUUUGCUCAUUCGCUACAACGAAAACCUCAUCUACACCUACACGGGCUCAAUUUUGGUGGCCGUGAACCCUUACCAGAUCCUACCUAUCUACACUGCAGAGCAAAUCAAAUUGUACAAAGAGAAGAAAAUUGGAGAGCUUCCUCCUCACAUCUUUGCUAUUGGAGAUAACAGUUACUCAUUGAUGCGUCGGACGAAACAAAAUCAAUGUAUCGUCAUCAGUGGUGAAUCCGGAGCGGGCAAAACGGAGAGCACCAAGCUGAUCCUUCAGUAUUUAGCCGCUAUUAGUGGAAAGCACUCGUGGAUCGAACAACAGAUCCUGGAGGCCAAUCCCAUUUUGGAAGCAUUUGGUAACGCCAAAACCAUUCGCAAUGACAACUCAUCCCGAUUCGGGAAAUACAUCGACAUCAUCUUCAAUCGGAAUGGGGUGAUUGAGGGGGCCAAGAUAGAGCAAUAUCUCUUGGAAAAGUCCAGGAUUGUCAAUCAAAUGCCGGAGGAAAGGAACUACCACAUCUUCUAUUGCAUGCUAGCGGGUCUCUCCAAGGAGCACAAAGCCAAAUUGGAACUCAAGGAUGCCUCACACUACAAAUAUUUGACAGGAGGUGGAAGUACCGUGUGUGAUGGUCGAGAUGACGCAGCCGAAUUUGCCGACAUUCGAUCCGCCAUGAAGGUUCUAAUGAUGACCGAUCAAGAGAUCUGGGAUAUUCUCAAGAUCUUAGCAGCCCUUUUGCACAUGGGCAACAUCAAGUACAAGGGCAAAGUUGUGGACAAUCUUGACGCCACCGACAUCCCGGAUCAAUCCAAUGUUGAACGCGUUGCCGCCAUCCUGGGUCUGGACAAGCAAGCUCUAAUCGAUGCCUUGACUUCGAGGACCAUCUUCGCUCAAGGAGAGACCGUGGUUUCCACUUUGAAUAUGCAUCAAUCCAAAGACGUUCGGGACGCAUUUUCCAAGGGGAUUUACGGGCGGCUCUUUAUUCACAUAGUGCGAAAAAUCAACACCGCCGUGUUCAAGCCGGACUUGAAAGAUUCCAAUGAACGAUGCAGUAUCGGAGUACUCGACAUCUUUGGAUUCGAAAACUUUGAAUCCAACUCCUUUGAGCAAUUCUGCAUCAACUUUGCCAAUGAGAACCUCCAGCAAUUCUUUGUGCAGCACAUUUUCAAACUGGAACAAGAGGAGUAUAACUUGGAGGCCAUCAAUUGGCAUCACAUCGAGUUUGUGGAUAACCAAGAGGCCCUGGAUUUGAUUGCCAUCCGACCCUUGAACUUGAUGGCUCUCAUUGACGAAGAAAGCAAAUUCCCCAAGGGAAGCGAUCAAACUCUCUUGAAUAAACUUCAUCAACGUCACGGAACGAAUCGGAACUACUUGAAACCCAAAUCGGACAUCAACACUUCCUUUGGUUUGAAUCAUUUCGCAGGAGUGGUGUUCUAUGACACGAGAAGCUUCUUGGACAAGAACAGAGACACCUUCAGUGCAGAUCUUCUGCAGCUGAUCCAUGUGUCUAAAAACCGAUUCUUGCAACAAAUCUUUGCCGGUGAUUUGAGCAUGGGAUCCGAGACGAGAAAACGGGCCCCAACUUUAUCCUCGCAGUUCAAGAAGAGUUUGGAGAUGCUCAUGCACACUUUGGGUCAAUGCAACCCUUUCUUCGUGCGAUGUGUCAAGCCUAACGAAUUCAAGAAACCAAUGAUGUUUGAUCGGGAGUUGUGCUGCCGACAAUUGCGAUACUCGGGCAUGAUGGAAACUAUUCGGAUCCGUCGAGCUGGUUAUCCGAUUCGACACACCUUCAACGAGUUCGUGGACCGAUAUCGAUUUUUGAUAACAGGUUGCCCCCCGGCGCAUAAAUUGAGAGAUUGCCAAGGGGCCACGUCAAAAAUUUGCCAAGCCGUUCUGGGAAAAGCCGAUUAUCAAUUGGGACGGACGAAGGUGUUUCUAAAGGAUGCCCAGGAUUUGUUCCUGGAACAAGAGCGAGAUCGCGUGCUCACACGCAAGAUCCUCGUCCUCCAGCGUUGCAUUCGAGGCUGGUAUCACCGAAGACGGUUCUUGAAGAUGCGAGCCGCAGCCGUGGUCAUUCAGAAGAACUUCCGAGCUUACAACGGGAAGAAAAAGUAUCAUCAAAUGAGGACCGGAUACAUGAGACUCCAGGCCUUGAUCCGGUCCAGGGUCCUGUCCCACAAAUUCAAACAUCUUCGAGGGCAUAUCGUCCAAUUGCAAGCCAGAUGUCGCGGCUAUGUGGUCCGUAAGAACUUUGGGCGAAAAAUGUGGGCUGUGAUCAAAAUCCAGAGUCAUGUGCGAAAGAUGAUUGCACAGAAACAAUUUCGUAAACUUCGGGUCGAGUAUCGUGCACGAAAAGCCAAGGAGCAAGAGGCUCGCGAAUUGGAGAAGAAGUAUGGCAAGAAGAAGGCCAUUGAAAUCGCGGAAAAGCACUUCCAAGAGACCAUUGAUGACAUCAACAGGCGCGAGAAUGAAGAAGAGCGUUUUAAGGUGGAAAUGAUGAGAGUCAAUCGGGAAAAAAUGAAAUUCGCAGAAAUUCGCGCUGAUCAGCCCAUCGACGAUUCUGCCGUUGUUGAUGACAUGUUCGGAUUCCUGGAGGAUCAAAAGGAUUCUGUCAGUGAGUCACAAGCUCCAAGCGCCUUCCGAGAUUUGCCAGCUCCAAAGAGCAUCCAAAACAGUGAUAUUAUCAUGGGUGUACCCGUCACUCCCGAAGAUCAUGAGGACCUCUCAGAGUACAAGUUCCAAAAGUUCGCAGCUACUUAUUUUCAAGGGCAAUACUCCCAUCAAUAUGCCCGGAAGCCGCUAAAACACUCACUCCUUCCACUUCAAACCCAAGGAGAUCAAUUGGCUGCUUUGGCCUUGUGGAUCACUAUCUUGAGAUUCAUGGGUGAUCUCCCUGAACCGAAAUUUCACAUGUUGGAAAAUGACAACACGUCGGUCAUGACCAAAGUCACUGCCACCUUGGGCAGAAACUUCAUCAAAAGUAAAGAGUUCCAAGAGGCUCAAUUAAUGGGCAUGGACCCUCAAAACGGCACCUUGAACGGUGAUACUGCUGCCGUAAUCAAAGAGAAGCAACGAUCCAUCCGUCACAAACUCGUGUCCUUGACCCUCAAGAGGAAAAACAAGAUGGGGGAUGAGAUCAAGCGGAAGCUGCAGGAAGAGGAGUACACUGCGGAUUCGUAUAAUUCGUGGUUGGAGUCCAGACCCACUUCGAAUUUGGAGAAGCUUCACUUCAUCAUUGGUCACGGAAUUCUCCGGGCCGAGCUUCGGGAUGAGGUGUAUUGCCAGAUUUGCAAGCAGCUCACCAGUAAUCCCUCCAAAUCGUCCCAUGCCCGUGGAUGGAUUCUCCUGUCUCUUUGUGUGGGAUGUUUUGCCCCAUCAGAUAACUUUGUGAAACAUCUCCGAUCGUUUAUCCGAGACGGACCGCCAGGUUACGCACCAUACUGCGAGGAACGACUCAAGAGGACAUUCAACAAUGGCACCCGAAAUCAACCACCAUCUUGGUUGGAGCUUCAGGCCACAAAAUCCAAGAAACCUCUCAUGCUACCAAUCACGUUCAUGGACGGGACCACAAAAACUUUGUUGGCAGACUCAGCCACAACAGCCAGAGAACUGUGCAAUCAACUGAGUGACAAAAUCGGACUCAAGGACCAGUUUGGAUUCUCACUCUACAUCGCAUUAUUUGACAAGGUGUCUUCUUUGGGGAGUGGAGGGGACCAUGUGAUGGAUGCCAUUUCCCAAUGCGAGCAAUACGCCAAAGAACAGGGAGCUCAAGAACGAAACGCCCCCUGGCGGUUAUUCUUCCGCAAAGAGAUCUUCUCCCCUUGGCAUGAUCCAACAGAGGACCAAGUGGCCACCAACCUCAUUUAUCAACAGAAUGUGAGAGGAGUCAAAUUUGGCGAAUAUCGCUGUGAGAAGGAAGAGGACUUGGCCAUGAUCGCCGCCCAACAAUACUACAUCGAAUAUGGUGUUGAUUUGAACACGGAGCGCCUCUUCAGUCUCUUGCCCAAUUACAUCCCGGACUAUUGCCUGCAAAGAGAUAACGCUAUGGAAACUUGGCAUCAACUCAUCAUACAAGCUUACAAGAAGAGCUACUACAUCAAAGACAAGGUGCCAGUUUUGAAAGUGAAGGAGGACGUUGUGAGCUACGCCAAAUACAAGUGGCCUUUGCUUUUCUCCAGGUUUUACGAAGCUUUCCGAUACUCUGGACCAAAUUUGCCCAAGAACGAUGUGAUUAUCGCGGUGAAUUGGACGGGUGUGUAUGUGGUGGAUGACCAAGAGCAAGUUCUAUUGGAGCUCUCAUUCCCCGAGAUCACCAGUGUGUCCAGUCAAAAAAGCAGCAAGGCCUUCGCCCAAACCUUCACUUUGGUGACAGUGAGAAGUGAAGAGUUCACCUUCCAAAGUCCGAACGCGGAAGACAUCCGAGAUUUAGUUGUCUACUUCUUGGAGGGACUCAAGAAGCGAUCCAAGUUUGUGGUUGCUCUUCAGGAUUACAAAGCACCAGCCGAGGGCUCCUCAUUCCUGAAUCUUGUUCGAGGUGAUCUGAUCCUCUUGGACGAAGAGAAUUCGGGCGAGACCGUUCUUAACUCGGGUUGGUGCUCAGGCACCUGCGAACGAACCGGCGAUCAAGGAGAUUUCCCCGUGGAGACCGUGUACGUCCUACCAAGCAUGAACCGACCGCCAGACGAUAUUCUGGCUCUUUUCACCAUGGACCCAUCGGAACACAAUCGUCGCUUAUUCCCCGCCCAAAUGAACGGCAUCGAUCCCUUGGAGAAGCCCUAUACGCUGGAGGAAUACGCUGUAGAUCAUUUUCGACCUCCACCCAAGCGGACAAUCAGCAAGAGUUUGACCAUCAGUUCCGCCCGGAAAACUCGUGGAGACGAGUUGUGGCGCCACAGCCGCGAACCCAUCAAGCAGCCUCUGCUCAAGAAGCUCAUGAACAAGGACGAAAUCCGAGAAGAAGCCUGCAUGAUCUUCCACGCUAUGCUCAAAUACAUGGGCGAUUUGCCGUCUCGACGCACCCGAACCGGAAAUGAGCUCACCGAUCAAAUCUUUGAGGGACCUUUAAAACACGAGAUCCUCAGAGACGAGGUGUACUGCCAGAUCAUGAAGCAACUCACCGACAAUCGCAAUCGCUUGAGUGAAGAGAGAGGUUGGGAAUUGAUGUGGUUGGCCACGGGUUUGUUCGCCUGUUCACAAGCUCUCAUGAAAGAGUUGAGUCAGUUCCAAAGAACGAGAAGGCAUCCCAUUGCUGUGGACUCGAUUCAGAGGCUCCAAAAGACCCUGAGACACGGGCAAAGGAAGUACCCUCCCCACCAAGUGGAAGUGGAAGCUAUUCAACACAAGACCACUCAAAUCUUCCACAAAGUGUACUUCCCUGAUGACACGGACGAGGCCUUUGAAGUGGAUUCCUCGACCCGUGCCAAAGAUUUCUGUCAAAGCAUCGCCCAACGCCUCAAUCUGCGCUCGAGUGAAGGCUUCUCACUCUUCGUCAAAAUUGCCGACAAGGUGAUCUCGGUGCCUGAGGGCGAUUUCUUCUUCGAUUUCGUCCGACAUCUCACGGAUUGGAUCAAAAAGGCCAGACCCACCCGCGAUGGUUCCACCCCACAAUUCACAUACCAAGUGUUCUUCAUGAAGAAACUCUGGACCAAUACAGUUCCAGGCAAAGACCGGAACGCAGAUGUUAUUUUCCACUUCCACCAGGAGCUCCCAAAACUAUUAAGAGGCUACCAUAAAUGCACAAAAGAAGAGGGAUGUAUGCUAGCCGCACACAUUUACCGCGUGAAGUUCGCAGAAUCCAAGCAAGAGCUCCAGUCGAUUCCACAAAUGCUCCGGGAGCUCAUCCCAACCGAUUUGAUCAAGCAGAUGUCUGCUCAAGAUUGGAAGCGAGAAAUCGUAAAAUCCUACAAUCAAGACUCCGGGAUGAGUCCUGAGGACGCGAAGAUCGCCUUUUUGAAAAUUAUCUACCGGUGGCCUACAUUUGGAUCGGCCUUCUUUGAGGUCAAACAAACCACUGACCCAAAUUACCCAGAGCUCCUGUUAGUCGCUAUCAAUAAGCAGGGUGUGAGCUUGAUCCAUCCCCAGACCAAGGAUGUACUGGUAACCCAUCCUUUCACUCGCAUUUCCAAUUGGUCGUCGGGCAAUACCUAUUUCCACAUGACGAUUGGGAACUUGGUCAGGGGAUCGAAGUUGCUUUGUGAGACUUCAUUGGGCUAUAAAAUGGACGAUUUGCUGACCAGCUAUAUUUCCCUUAUGCUUACCAACAUGAACAAGCAAAAGUCCAUGAGAGUCAAGUAAAGUGUGUGUUAAUGAAGUAUUUUUUUUGGGACGAAUAUGUGACUAGUUGAGGAGAGAAACCAUCCUAUUUGGAAACCAAUGGUGCCUUUCCUGGAAAUUGUGCAAUGACAGAAACUAUAGAAAGAGGGGUUGCUUUAAGAAGCAAAAAAAAUCAGUUCCUUUGUGGACAAAAUUCAGUCUCCACCCAGCCUGACCCCUCCACAACCCCUUUUUCCUCUAAACUCAAUCGAAUUGUAAGUUACCGUGUUUCACUUCGAAUAAAUAAAAGACUAAAGUACGA